CUGUCCUCCAUUGCCAAAAUCCCACAUUUGAAGGUUAAAGGCAGUCUGUGUCCAUCAUAUCGCUAAACAAGCUAACGUUACUCGCGUAUCAGUCUACUGUCUUUCUUUUAAUUUACACAGACAUAAACACAGUACUAUGUCGAUAUUUGCUGAAGUCCCGCUGGCUGCCCCUGUCGCAGUAUUUAAGCUGACAGCAGAUUUCCGUGAAGAUCAAAAUCCAAACAAGGUGAAUCUAGGAGUCGGAGCUUACAGGACAGAUGAAUGUCAACCCUGGGUUCUGCCUGUGGUGAGAAAAGUGGAGAAGAUGAUCGCUGAGGAUCAUAGUUUGAACCACGAAUACCUGCCCAUCCUGGGCCUGCCAGAGUUUCGUUCCAGUGCAUCUAAGAUUGCUCUGGGUGAUGACAGUCCUGCUAUCAAGGAGAACCGGGUUGGAGCUGUACAGUGUUUAGGUGGUACUGGCGCUCUUAAGAUUGGAGCAGAGUUUCUUCGCCGGUGGUAUAAUGGAACCGACAACACAAAAACUCAAGUUUAUGUGUCUGCACCAACAUGGGAGAACCACAAUGCUGUUUUCUCUAACGCUGGAUUUGAGGAUAUCCGGCCAUACAAAUAUUGGGAUGCAGAGAAGCGUGGACUCGAUCUGGCAGGUUUUCUGGGUGACAUGGAGAGUGCACCUGAACACUCCAUCUUUGUGUUGCAUGCUUGUGCUCACAACCCCACCGGUACAGACCCCACACAGGACCAAUGGAAGCAGAUCGCUGAGAUCAUGAAGCGGAAGAAUCUGUUUGCCUUCUUUGAUUCAGCCUAUCAGGGUUUUGCCUCAGGAAAUUUAGAUAAGGAUGCUUGGGCUGUUCGCUACUUUGUGUCCCAGGGUUUCGAAUUGUUCUGUGCUCAGUCCUUCUCCAAGAACUUUGGCCUGUACAAUGAGAGAGUUGGGAACCUGACUGUUGUAGGCAGAGACCAAGAGAAUGUAAACCGUGUCCUGUCUCAAAUGGAGAAGAUCGUUCGAAUCACAUGGUCCAAUCCUCCAUCCCAGGGUGCACGCCUGGUUGCCAUCACACUGAACAGCCCUGAGCUCUUUGCUGAAUGGAAGGACAACGUGAAGACCAUGGCAGAGAGGGUCCUGUUGAUGCGUGCUCAGCUGAAGGAAAAACUAAAAGCCCUGGGAACUCCAGGAACCUGGGAGCACAUCACUGAACAGAUCGGCAUGUUCAGCUUCACAGGACUCAAUCCUAAGCAGGUGGAUUAUCUGGUGAAGGAAAAGCACAUUUAUCUAAUGGCGAGUGGUCGCAUCAACAUGUGCGGCCUUACGACCAAGAACAUCGAUUAUGUGGCUGAGUCCAUUCAUGAGGCUGUCACUAAAGUCCAAUAAGCACCUGUUUCACACUUCCUGUGUGUGUGUGUAUGUGUGUGUGUGUGUGUGUGUUUAUGUGUCUGCAGGAACAUAGUCACACACACAUCACCUAGUUCACACCUUCACUAAUUUAAUGAUCAGAAGUUGUACAUUUAUGUUUGAACUCCUUUAAUCAAAAAGCAAUGAAACGGUAAAUAUACGGUAUAUACAGUAUUGUCAUUUUCACUUCAGCUUUUUCCUGUGUUUAAGAGAAAGGGAGUACAUUUAAAUAUUCUUGUAAGUGUUCAUUUCAAUCUUGUUUUUAUAAAUAAGCACUUUGUGGUGGUAUUGUGGUAUUUAGGGAAUUUCCAGUCAGUUGAAUGACUUUCUCUGGAUUUCUGUAACCUAAAGGUCCAUUGUGACUGAUUUUAAGAUCGUCCGUUAUUCCUUAAAUUAAUUUCAAGCAGGUUUGUUUGACUGAAUUAGAGUUAUAUGGACAACCCUUAGCUGGUGGGGUGGAAAGAGAAUGCAGAACUAGCCCUGUCUUAACUCAUCAUUUUUAUUGUCAUGUCUCCGAAGAUUUCAUUGUAUUGAGUGCAUGACUGAAGGAUAAGGUGUGUGUUUUGUGGUGAAUGUUUCCAUAUGCACUGUUUAAAACUUAUAAACAUGCUUACAAAGACGGCUUGAAUAGAACUUGAAUGACCAGGGGCAUUAGACUGUGUUUCACUGGUAAUUCCAGCGUGAUUUACUUGUCAUCUGAUGCUCAUACCUCAAAUUAAAUGGUUAGAAGUAACAUUUUACCCUGAAAUCAUCCUUUUCCUUUAGACUCACUGUCACACAUUUUCUCAUUAUAUGUCAUGCUGCUUAAUAUUGCUCCAGGACAUCAACAAUGUGUUCAGAGACAGUUGUCUCAUUAAGUUGAUUGCAUAAAAAUGAGAGAAAGAGAAUAUUCAAGCAGUCAAGAAGAGUUUGAAAAGCCAUGUCAUCUUUGGAAGCUCUUUUGGUAAAUUAAGUGCUUUUGGGGUUAAAAUAUUCCUUAAGGCUUUUUAUCUUUUAUGACGUUUGUGCUGGCAGCUCUGGGUUAUGAAGACCCUAGGCAUUGUUUUGCACUUUAUUUUUGUGUCUGCUUUCAAAGCUGUCUUUUAAUCUGCUGAUUCUGGUCCAGUGCUUUCACUUCUGUAUUCAUAUGUUCAAACUCAUUUCUGCAUUGCAGUGCUCUUUAAUGAAAGUCCAGCCAUCAGACCAAGUACAGUUCACUCUGCCACAGCUGAGUCUCAUAAGAUCAAACCUAUAUGAUCAUGAAUUUCUGUGUGCACAAAUACUUUAAUCAAAGUGCAUUGGAAUAAAACAUGUUGACUGUCAUGUUUUAUCACAAUUGAUAUAUUUAAUAGUGCCAUUUCUGUCCCCAUGACUUGCUACUGAAAUAAUUAACAGAAAACAUAUUAAAAUAUAAAUAAUAUAUAUAUCAGUUGCUUGCAAAAGUAUUCAGACCCCUGACCAAUUCUCUCAUAUUACCGAAUUACAAAUGGUACACUGAAAUUUCAUUCUGAUUGAUAUUUUAUUUUAAAACACUAAAACUCAAAAUCAAUUAUUGUAAGGUGACAUUGUUUUUUGUUGGGAAAUAUUUUUAUGAAAAAUAAAAAAAACUGAAAUAUC